AUGAAGCUCCUCACUACCAACUUCCUCACUUGUGCCGUCAAACAAUGUCGCGGCACUGCUGAAGCCUAUCCGCUGAAUCUGAGUGAUUGCCAACUAGAGAUCAGCGAGCUUGACUUCAAUCCUGCUUUUCUGACCAAUAUUCUACCACGUAUCGAGUGGCCUGCGCUUGUCAAGACGUGUGCGCAACUAGGAAGUACUGCGCUACCGUCAGAAAAGCCAGAAAGUUUGUCAAUAGAGAAGGAGGAUGAUUUGGCUGUUCUCAAAUCGCUGCACAAUCUCUUGCUCGAGACAUCCAUCAAGGAAGGAAAGAUGACAUGCGGUCGAUGUGAUCAUAUCUAUCUUGUCAAGGAAGGCAUCGCCAAUAUGCUCCUACACGAACAUGAAGUGGCAUGA